GGGGCUGAAUCAGAGGCUGUCAUAUUGUCAAGUUUGAAACAGAUCACGACACAAAUAUCAGCAUAUAAAGAUGUCCACGAGAUGUCUUGGUCACUUCAGAUCUGGAAGAGAUUCGCAACCUGCCAGAAAUAUCGGCCAACAACGACCGCAAAGGAAGAGAAACUCGCUACGUGUUAUUUGAAUUUAGCUAACGGUAAUCCCAAGAUGAGAAUUGCCAUUAUUCUACUGAUUGCGACUAUCGCAACCACACAAGCAUGGAAUUAUGGCCGACGGGACCGACCAGAACGUCCUGAUGGUGAGAACCGACCAGAACGUCCUGACGGUGAGAGCCGACCAGAACGUCCCGACGGUGAGAGCCGACCAGAACGUCCCGAUGGUGAGAGCCGACCAGAACGUCCCGAUGGCGAGAGCCGACCAGAACGUCCCAACGGUGAGAGCCGACCAGAACGUCCUGAUGGUGAGAGCCGACCAGAACGUCCAAACGGUGAGAGACGACCAGAACGUCCUGAGGGUGAGAGCCGACCAGAACGUCCUGAGGGUGAGAGCCAACCAGAACGUCCCAACGGUGAGAGACGACCAGAUCGUCCCGAUGGUGAGAGCCGACCAGAACGCCCUGAUGGUGAGAGCCGACCAGAACGUCCUGAUGGUGAGAGCCGACCAGAACGUCCUGAUGGUGAGAGCCGACCAGAACGUUCAACUAGAAUGAACCGACCAGAACGUCCCAACGGUGAGAGACGACCAGAACGUCCUGAUGGUGAGAACCGACCAGAACGUCCCGCUAGCGAGAGCCGACCAGAACGUCCCGAUGGCGAGAGCCGACCAGAACGUCCCGAUGGUGAGAGCCGACCAGAACGUCCUGAUGGUAGAAGCCGACAAGAACGUCUCGGUGGUGAGAACCGACCAGAACUACAACGUGGUUAG